AUGGGACAACAACAAAGUUAGGAACAAAGACCCUUAAACGACUUAAUCAAAGAUGUGGCUACAUUUAAUCUGUUGGCUAAAUCCCCAACCAUAAAGUCGAGCUUGGGCAAAUAAUUACUUGCAGAAGUGACCAAAAGGAAAUAAGAUUUAUUUGAUUCAAUCCCAUUUGUUAAAAAGUAGGAUGACCUAUGCAUAGGGAUAUUUGUGGAGAAAGAAUAUUUUUAAAUUACUUAGCAGAAAUUCUACUAUUGCAAACAAUUAUUAGAGGAUUUUUCAUCUAUUUUAAUGGUUGAUCCACAAAAGGAAGAAGGAACUUGUUAAAUAUGUUUUGAGAAAAAGAUAGACAAGCUACUACCUUGUGGACAUAGUUAUUGCCAAGAUUGCAUCGAAGGGUGGUUCACAGUCAAAGAAUAAGAUUCAUGUCCAAUGUGUAGAGCCCAACUAACCAAACAAAAAAUGAAAAGUGAAUCUUAUGUUGUACCAAAUGAGGCUGAAUUGAUAGAUUCAUUUAAAGAAUAACUUUUCCUAUAAUUCAGUUCACAGAAAUGA